UACUGUGUAGGUUUUUCCUCGGGAGUAUAUAGGUACAUACUUUGCAUCAUAGUAUACCUUUAGAGUCAGGUAUUAUCAAUUGUAACCCAAGUAUCAUGUAUCCGUCUGAUGUUCAAUUCGUUGUCGGUCUUUCCGGAUAUUUCGUGAAAGACCUCCAAGCAGUCCGACAGAGCCCAACAUAUGAUCCACUAAUUGAUAACAUACCCCCUCAAACACCGGGUUUCAAGAGCGUGGUACAAGCCGGUCAAGCUAUCUCUAUCCUACUUCAUCUCCCAGACGGUACAAUUGCAGUUGGCGACUGUGCCGACGUGAUCUUUUCUGGAGCUGCGUCUCGGGACCCCCUCUUCAUCGCCGAAGAGCAUCUCCCUAUCUUAGAAUCUGUCGUUAAGCCUCGACUCCUUGCAUGCGACGUUACUCGAUUCCAGAACAAUGCAAUCAUAAUGGACGGGCCAUGGCCUGAGUUACAGCAUGGUAAAUUGCACUCCGCCGUUAGAUAUGGGAUUACCCAGGCGCUUCUCGCGGCCACCGCAUUGGUGCAUCGAUGCAGCAUGGCCGAGAUCAUAUCGCGCGAAUGGGGGACUGCAUUGUCACGUCAUCCGAUUGACAUCUUGGCCUCUUGUCACCGGAACGAUCAUUUACAAUUGGACCGCAUGAUUAUGAAACAAGUCGCAAUGCUUCCCCAUGCCUCCUUUGUGCAUGUCGACGACAUAGGGCCCCAAGGCAAAACGUUAAUCGACUACAUCGAGACGGUAUCUCAACGGGUUCAAGAGCGAGGAAGCCCUGGAUACCGUCCACGACUUCACUUCGACGUCUACGGAACAAUCGGUGAUCUAUUCCCCGACAAUGAGGAUUUGGCAUCUUUCCUGGGCCAGCUACAGCGAUCCGCUCAGCCAUACGAUCUGCUCAUUGAAUCCCCAAUCAUCGCACCCACUCAGUCCGAGCAAAUCCGACGACUGGUAAAUCUGCGGCAACUCCUGCGAAAGCGGUCGAUCCAGGUCCAGAUUGUGGCCGACGAAUGGUGCAAUACGCUCGAGGACAUUCGGAAAUUCGCUGAUGCAGACGCCGUGGAUUACGUGCAGAUCAAGAUGCCUGAUCUGGGAGGGGUCCAUAACACCAUUGAUGCCGUACUUUAUUGCCAGCACAAGGGCGUGGGCUGCUGUCUUGGAGGAUCGGCCAAUGAAACCGAUGUUUCCGCCCGGGUUACGGCGCAUGUUGCCUUGGCCACGCAACCAGGCUUCCUGCUCUCCAAGCCUGGGAUCGGUGCUGAUGAGGGCGUCAUGAUCCUUACCAAUGAGAUGUUGCGUGCGUCGGCCUUGGUGUGGAGGACAAGAACGAAUAAGUUGUAAAAGGUUUGGAUGGGAAGACCUCGUGGCUACCUGAGCCCUGAUGUGUGGGGACGGAGUCUAGUUUAAUUGA